AAUUAUGAGAAGCAUGUCUCUUGUUAAGUGUUUAACUUCGAUGGCAACGAUUUUCUAGCUGCGAGAAACGGAAAACUCUAAAUCCGCACCGUUAGACUAGAAUACUGAUCGAGAGUGGAGCUGAGCUAGCGGUCAUGGCCAUGGAGCAGCCACUGCCCACGCUCCUGGAGCUCAUCGUAGUGGUCACCCUGCUUGUUCUUGCCAUGAGCCACUUGGUCUCGUCACGGCGAUCUCCUUCUCCUUCUCCUCCUCGUCUUCCCCCGAGCCCGCCGGGGCUCCCGGUGAUCGGGCACCUCCACCUGCUGCGGCCGCCGGUGCACCGCACCUUCCACGAGCUCGCGGCACGGCUCGGGCCCCUCGUGCACAUCCGCCUCGGCUCCACGCACUGCGUCGUGGCCAGCUCGGCCGACGUCGCCAGGGAGCUCAUCCACGGCCACGACGCCACCAUCUCCGGGCGGCCGAUCACGGCGCUGGCCCGGCUCUUCUCCUACGGCUCCGCCGGCUUCGCCUUCACGCCCUACGGCCCGCAGUGGCGGUUCCUGCGGCGGCUGUGCGUGUCCGAGGUGCUCGGCCCGCGCACCGUCGAGCAGCUGCGCCCCGUCCGCCGCGCCAGCCUGGCGCCGCUGCUCCGGGCCGUGCUGGCGGCGGCGGCGCGGGGCGAGGCGGUGAACCUCACCCGCGAGCUCAUCCGGUUCUCCAUCGCGUCCAUCAUCCGGAUGGUGGCCAGCGACGUGCCGGGGAGCGUCGCCGACGAGGCGCAGGACCUCGUGAAGGCGGUGACGGGGCUGCUCGGCGCCUUCAACGUGGAGGACUACGUCCCCUUGUGCCGCGGCUGGGACCUCCAGGGCCUCCGCAGGGAGGCCGCCGGUGUCCACCGGCGGUUCGACGCCUUGCUGGAGAAGAUGAUCAGGCACAAGGAGGAGGCCAGGGACCAUGGCCGCCCCGGCAAUGCUGAGCACCAGCAGGAGGACAAGAAGCAGGCCCCGGCGACACGCCAGCGCAACAUGGACCUGCUGGACAUCCUGCUGGAGAAGGCGGGGGACGAGGCGGCGGAGGUGAUGCUCACCAGGGAGAACAUGAAAGCCUUCAUCACUGACGUGGUCACCGCUGGGUCCGACUCCUCGGCGGCCACGGUGGAGUGGAUGCUGGCAGAGCUGAUGAAUCACCCGGAGGCCAUGCGCAAGGUGCGGGAGGAGAUUGACGCAGUGGUCGGCGGGGACAGGAUCGUCGGCGAGGCCGACCUGCCGAGGUUGCCCUACCUGCAGGCGGCGUUCAAGGAGACGCUGCGGCUGCACCCGGGGGCGCCGAUCGCGCACCGGGUGUCGACGGCCGAGAUGGCCGUCCGCAGGUGCACGGUGCCGCCGCGGACGGCGGUGUUCAUCAACGUGUGGGCCAUCGGCCGCGACCCGGUGUUCUGGGAGGACCCGCUGGCGUUCAGGCCGGAGCGCUUCAUGCCCGGCGGCGCCGCGGCGGCGCUGGAGCCCCGCGGCCAGCACUUCCAGUUUAUGCCGUUCGGCGGCGGCCGCAGGGGCUGCCCCGGCGUGGGGCUCGCGCAGCAGUCCGUGCCGGCGGCCCUCGCGGCGCUCGUGCAGUGCUUCGACUGGGCCGUUGCUGAUGGCGAGACAGGAUUUGUAGACAUGGAUGAGUCCGACGUCGGGCUGGUGUGCGCUCGCAAGCACCCGCUUCUGCUCCGCCCCACCGCUCGCCUGAACCCGUUCCCGGCAGUCGCGUAGCUUGUGCUGCCUCCGUGCCGGCCAGCUUGCCAAGUUGCCUUGUUACACAGAGCCAUCGUAUGAGUAUUUAUUGCCACGCAAUAUAAAAACACCAAAAAA